AUGGCGUUUAUCGUGCCGUUAAUGAAGAAAGACUACGCUUUGUACGGGCCCAAACGCUCGAAUAGUUUUGCUGGAGUGCCACGACGCGUUACCACGCCCAAGCGAGACAAAAUGGGUGAGUUUUGCAAAGGUUUUUGUUAUUGUUACGGAUUUUUUGCCAUUUUUUUGUGUUGUAAAGAAAGUUCUUGCUAUUUUUUAGCUUUUUAAACAGAACUCUUUGCCAUUUAAAGUUGUGUGAAGGAAGUUUCUGCUAUCUGAAGUUUUGUAAAGAAAGUUAUUGCUUUUUUUACUUAAAAAUGUCAUUUUAAACCCAUCUUUGCUUUAAAACUCAUAAUUUCUACUGCACUGUGCAAUCCUUUAAUAUUUAUGCAGAGUGCAACAAAUUUUCUCCUUUGCACGGUACAAUUCGUAUUGCAAUUUAGGUAACAAAUACUGUCUUACUUUUUUGUCUGCACCUAUAAAAAGAUAGUAAAACAAGUUUUACAUUGAUGACUUUAAAAUGAAUGGCACAAUGAAUUUUUAAAGAAUGGCUGCACCGUGCAAUAUAUUAAAUUAUUUGCACCGUGCAAGCAAAUAAAUUGAAAUAAGACAAAUGAAAAUAAGACAAUGACAGUUCUUGAGUGACAGGUUAUACGAAGGAUGAAAUUUUAUUUUUUGAUAAAAUACGCAUUGAAUUUAGACAUAGAGACAGUUAAUAUUAUUUUUAAAUUAAAAAAAUAUCGAUUAGAACCAAGUUAUACUAAAAGCUUUUAUGUAAUCAAGUACCGUCUUAUAAUGAUAGAAGUGCAAUUUGGGUUUGUUUUAUUUGUUUACAUGGCCUUUAUCUUACUCUAGACUUUUAUGCACUUUACCUCAUUACUGCUUUUAUUUGACUGUACUUUACCAUGCUUUAGAAGCUUUUGUAUUUGAUCAUUUACCCCGCUUUUUUAAUCCUACCCUUUCUCUUCAUCUUAACUUUUCUUUCAACCUCUAGCUCUCCCCCCCCCCUCUUUUUUCACACCCUGUGUAAAUCCCUUUCCGCCCUCCCCCCUCCCUAACAUCCCCCCCCUAACACCCCCCCGUCCUCAACUCCUUCACUCCCUCUCCCCCCCCUCCCCCUAUUUCAAAUCCUCCCCUCUCUCAACUCCUUUCUCGUUCCUAUACCUCCCCCCUUUCGUUCUUCCUUGAUUUCUAUGCCUUUUAUUUUCAUCUAGGUCCUUAUGAACUCGUACUAAUGUUUUUGUUUUUGAAAGUUGGUCUUGGUCCGAACGCUUUGGUAUAGGAUCAUAACUUUUAUUUACACGUUUUAUUAGUUGAGUCAAAGUUUACUUUAUUUUUGUUUUUGAUCUUUAAUGUCUAGAGCUUUAAAGCUUCAAUGGAUUACAUAUAAAAGUUAUAAAACUUGUUGUUUUGGGUUGUAUAUAUUAGAGGUAUAUUCAUGUUUUUGAGUAACGUUUUAGAGCUGAGAUUUUGAUAUUUGGUGGGUUGUGAUAGAGGAGAAACGUGAUGGGCUAUGGUAUGGUCAACUUAGCUUUUUAAGAGGAUGGUGGAAGAGGAGGCUGCUGUAUAGUAUGAUUAGAGCUACGGUAUUUCGCGUGUAGAAGUGGAGUGAAAAGGCACAUAGUGCGCUAGGUACUACAAUACUUUCAUGAGGGGGUAGUGUAUUGUAAGGUAAGGUAGGGUAGGAUAGGGUAGGGUAGGGUAGGGUACGGCUUGGUACGGCGGAGUCUUCUUACCGCAAAUAACUUAUGUCACUUAAAGGUCAACAUCUCAAGACGCGGAACUGGAUAUAAGGCUGUUGUUGUCGUCGUUCCAAGUUAUAAUUGUUUUUUUUUGUUUUGUUUGACUUUUAAUUGCGGUUGCAGUCACUACCUUCUACGAAAACAAUUGUUAGUUUACGUUUUUACCGCACCCUUACCUUAUUUCAUUAUCUCUAAAAGGGUGUUUUUUGCGCGUGGUUGAGUUUCAAAAAGGUUGAGAGGUUUUCAGUAGAAUUACCGUAAGUUUUUUAAAAAAUAUUUUUGUAAUCAAAGUUUUGGCAAUUUUAGGGGUUGUAAAGAAUGUUUUGGUGUUUUCUUUUCAAAAAAUGUUAAAAAGCCUUAUUUUCUGCACGGUCCAACAUAUCUUUAGAGGUUUUGCACCGUGCAAUAUCUCAAUUUUUCUGCACCGUGCAACAAAUUUUUUUUGACGUAAUUUAGAUAACAAAUAUUGUUAUAACUUUUAGUCUGCACAUAUACAAUGCUAUUAAAACAGUUCUUACACUUAUAGCUUUAAAAAGAAUGGCAUAAUAAUUUUUAAAGUGAUUGCACCGUGCAAUUUAAAAAAUAGGUUCUUCUGUGCUAUUCUUGACGUAUUAUAAAUACCAAAUGCUGUUACAAACCGUUAGCCCGGGACCAUAAAAAGCUAGUAAAACAAUUUUCGCUUUGAUUGCUUUAAAAAUAAUGGCACAAUGAAUUUGUAAAAAAUGACUGCACCGUGCAAUAUAAAACAUGGUUUGCACCGUGCAAAUGAAUUUAAUUUUUUGCGUUAUUUAAGAUUUGUAAAAAAAGUUUUUGUCAUUUUAUAUUUUUUAACAAAAGAUUUUUUGGUUUUGUAAAAAAGUUUGUCAUUACAUCACUUUAUUUGCUUGCACCGUGCAGACCGGAAUUAAUUUGUUUGCACGGUGCAAUGAAAAUAGUUAUAUUUUGCACGGUGCAAGAGAAAUUAAAAACCUUUAGGGCAAGUAUGUCAUAUCAUGUCAUAACCCCUUUACCACUUUAAAAUCAUAAAAAGUUCGUAGACUUUGAACGCCCAUUUUUUUUAAAUUUUGCAACCGCCAGAUUUACGCGAUAACUUUGUUUACAGCCUUUUCAAUGUAAAUUAAGGUUUAUUCAUUAAACUUCAAAGCGCGAAUUUUGAAAAUUGAAAAAAUCUUCUUUCGCUUUAAAAAUAGCACUGGUGUUUCAAAAAUUCAUUUCAAUUUCCGUUUCGCAAUAGUAAUAACGAGAAGGGGGGGGGGUUGUAAAGGUCUCGAAGAUGUACGUCAAUCCAUGGUAAGAUUAGCUGCUCGACGUCAAAAGUUUCGUUAUUUAGGGCCAAACUUAGCUUCAACUAUUGUUUUUCCCACUUCCUAGAGGCGUAUUUUAAGUCGAUUUUGUUUUGGCAUUAGGAGGGGGGUUGGUCAUUUAGUUUUAUUUUGUUAAGUUUGAAAGCUUAAGGAGCUUGUUUAAGAUGUUUAGGUAUAUAUUGUGGAUUGUCAGAGCUAUUGCGUAUAUAAAUAUGUAAAAAUAAGGGGGGGGGGAGGGAGGGGAGAGAGAAGAAAAAGAGUACGAUGCAGUACAGUUACUAAUACUGGACCAGGGGUCUUGGUUUGAAAUUUCUAGGGCAUGGUAGAACUAGCGCAUCUAAGGGGGGGGGGGAGUGGUGAGUAAAAACUGGACUGAUAUAGAUUUUUAUUGCGGACUGUAAAACAAUGGUGACACUUAUUGUAAUGUAAAAAUUUGUUAAUUCAUUAUAGUGCUGGAUAGUAUGAUACGUGAAGUAUAAUACGUCGUUUAGUAAGGGGUAUGGUGUAUACUGGUACGGUAAAUGAGUUAUGGGGUUACAAUUGACUUCUGGAUUCUCUUUUUUAAUCUUUUUUGUUAUGGAAAGAAAGUUCUUGUCAUUUUUUGUUUCGUAAAGAAAGUUUGCUGUUUUUUGUUUGUAAAGAAAGUUUUUGCCAUUUUAUGUUUUUUUAAGAAAGUUCUUGCCAUUUUGUGUUUUUUAAAGAAAGUUUUUGCUAUUUGUUGCUUUGGAAAGGAAGUUUUUGCCAUUUUUAAAUUUUGAAGAUUUCUACGUCACGUCACUUUAAAAUCUUAAUAAGUAGUAGGGUAGGUACAUUUUCUUACCAUACUGUAGCUAUUAGUUCACUUAUUAACUUUUUGAUCUCGUUUCAUUUAACAUCUUGAGUAAUCUUUUAUUGUUAAUCCAAGUAGAAAAAAGUUUAAUUAAUCCAGCAGUCUCGUAGCAAACAUCAACCCAAGUGAAAGUAGGGUCACAGUAUACUGUGGUGCUUACUCUACUGGCAGUGCCAACUCUUUCUUACGUCAGUUUUCAUUGGGGAGUAGUUACAGAUAUUUGAAAUCAUUAGGUAUAAAGUAAUGAUACAUACGUGUGUUUCUACGUAUAUGUUAGUAUUAUUUGAUGAAUCUGGGGGCAAAGUACGUACUGAAGUUGUUUUUCUUUGUAAAGAAAGUUCUUGCCAUUUUACAUUUGGUAAAGAAAGUUCUUGCCAUUUUUUAUUUUGUAAAGAAAGUUCUUGCUAUUUUUUGUUCUGUUAAGAAAGUUCUUGCCAUUUCUUCAUAAAAUGAUGCAAUUUGCUUUCUGCAGCCUGCAGGAGACAAGUUAUACGAUGAGUAACAUUCAGUCACAUUCUUAAAAGUUCUUGCUAUUUUAUGUUUUGUAAAGAAAGUUUAGCGAUUUUUUGUUUUGUAAAGAAAGUUCUUGCCAUUUUUUGUUUUGCAAAGAAAGUUCUUGCUAUUUUGUCUAAAAUUUAAUUUUUUGCUUUUUUUAAUAAUGAAACCGUGUUUUAUAAAUAUAAAAUUUAAAAAAAAAAGUUUUUAAUUCAAAAUUUUUUAAAUUUUUUAAAUUUCAGCACGAGUCCCAAAGCUCUCACUCGACGAAACCACCAACCCGAGCAUGUUGUGCACCUCAACAUCCACCACUCCCGACUCUUCAGCAUCAACCAGUCCUACAACGACAGCUCCAAUCCGUCGUCAAAGCAAACGAAUCUCAAUCCGACAACUCGAUGACAAUAUCGACCGGUCGACUUGUUCAUCCGCUUCACCGGUCGAUAAUUUCAACCAGAUUCAAUCACCGGAACGACACGUUCACUUCGGCUUCUGUGAAGAGAUUUGCUACGGAAGUGAGGAUGAGGACGAGGUGUUUGAUGAAAGUGGCACAAAGGAUCAUAAAACGCUGAGGAAAUCGAAUUCGGUACCAAAUGAUGGUACCGCGCCGUUAGUUGGAGUGCUGAGGAAUAGAACCAAUAGUACAAAUGAGAUUGCGGUGCAGAAGAGCAAAAUGGCAGCCGUUUUUAAGUGGGUACGACUGUGUGCACCGAGGAGUUGA